AUGUGCACUGAUUUCUCCUCUCAUGCAGAUGAUUGUUCAUUUGGAUUUACUGAGGAGGAAAAUGCUUCUAGCAGUGGAACAGCCUCCCUCCAUAACUCAGAGAUUCCACGAAGCAGGUCAGAGGGCACUCUGAUUGAUGUGGAUGACCGGAUACCUUCAGCUACUUACAAUGUCAAUGAAAGCAAAAUGGAUUUGGAUAUUGAGUGGUCUGAUUUGUUCAAACAUACCUAUACUAUUUCCAAGACUAACCCUUUCUGGAAUGAACUGUCAUCCUCCAAUCCUUUUGUACAUGACAUAGCUGCUUCCAAUAGAAAUGAAAACAAUAAAUACUUUUCUAUUUUGAAAGAAAAGUCCCAUUUGUUCUCUAAAGUUUCUAGUGACAGGGAUUCUUUGGCUUCCUCAGGAGAUGAGCUAAAUAUUGAUUGCCUUCUAAGAAAGAGCUCAACAAGAAGGUCUGGACGAUCCAAGAGUGUUUCUGACUUCUUGGAUAUUAUUGAUAACCGAAGAUUUAAUCCUCAUAAGCCAACGCCUCAAAAAACUACAGUUUCUGACACGACGUGCCCUCAAAUUGACCGUGAAGCCUACAAAAUGGCUUGGUUGAGUCACCGACAACUCACUCGAUCUUGCCUAGAUUUAGAAGCCAUGAGCCAUAGUCCUGGAUGGGCACAGACGCAAGCUGCAGACAUUCAUGUAGUUUGUAAACUGAAUCAUGAAGGGGGUUCAGUACAGCUACCUGACUCUGAUAUCAAUGUUCACGUCCCUGUAGGUCAUGUAUUACCUGGAGAAUUCCAAGAAGUUGGUUUAAGGGCUAUCCUUAACCCUCCAUCGUCAUUUAACAAUGAGCUGUCUAGCACUGUAAGUCCUCUGAUAGAACUUACACUGAGCAACCUCAACACGAAGGAAGCUAUUUUCCUAGAGGUGAAAGUUGCAGCUAAAGUGAAGAAUGAUCCUCUCAGUCAAGUUAUGAGUGAUAUUGUCUGUUUUUUUAGUCUCGAUAAAGAAGGGCCUUUUAAGAAGCUAGAGAAUUGCUACACUUAUCAAGAUACUAUACAAGUGAAGCUAUCGGACCUAAGUCACGUGAUGUAUGCAGUGAUUGCAGUACAGGCAAACAAACUCCAGCCUCCAGCCACUAAUGUCUGGGACUACAUUCAUAGAACUGUCUCAGUUGGGAUUUAUGGUCCCAAAUAUAUUCAUCCAUCUUUUACAGCAGUUUUUGCAGUAUUUGGUCAUAACUACAUUCCAGGAAAACUUACUAUUUGUGAUAUAAAAAAAGGAGGGAAAAAUAUGCCCCCUGUAGUAUUUCAGCUGUGGGGAAAACAUACAUUUCUGCUUGACAAGCCCCAAGAUCUAAACAUUUCUUUGGUAUCCUGUGAUCCAGAUUUUGAAGUGAAGAUGGAAGAUGAAGGCAAAAAUAUUAAAGAGGAGGAACUGAAAACUGGUGAAAUGGUCCGCCAACAAUUCCUGUUUUCCAUGCUAGGAUGUAGGGAGAUGCAUUUCUUUGUUUUUCUUGUUCAGAUUAAAGUCUCAAAAAGUAGCCAAAUAACACAAUUCCAUGUUACGACCCCUGAUCCAGCUCCAAAAUUAAGUGGAAUUAUCAGUAGGCCACAGCGCUUACAAAAACGCAAAGAAAUCAAGUCUGCACCUUUGCUUUUAAUACCAACAGUUAAAUACCCAAAGUUUCAAGACAAAAUUUUGAAUGUUAAUACUUAUGGAGUAGCUUUGAAAACUGUGCUACGUCAAAAUAAAAUUGACUAUUUGCUGGAAUAUUUUAAAGGAGACACAAUAGCACUUCUUGGUGAAGAUAAAGUAAAAGCCAUUGGACAAGCUAAGAUAAAAGACUGGUAUGUAGGAGUUCUCAGAAGAAAGAUUGGUCUUGUACAUUGUAAAAACAUAAAAGUGAUUUCCAAAGAGCAAGCUAUGGACACAACUGACAGCGAACUGACAACCAGGAAUCUUGUUGAACAGAUUACAUUGCCAUUUAAAAAACUGACUUAUAUCUACUCAGUAGUUUUAUCUACAGUAUCAGAGAGUGUUUAUGACUGGAGAGCUUUGGCUGAGGUGCUAGGAUAUUCACAUAUAUCUUUGGAUGACUUUAAUGAGGUACAUGGUGAUAAAGAAUCAGACAGAGUUGCGCAUGUUGUAAAAAGGCUAAAGGAAGACUGCCAUGCUAACAAAAAAAAGAGACUAUUCCUUUAUGAGCUCAUUAUUGCACUUUUGAAAAUAGAUUGCCAGGGAUUAGUGGCCCGUCUUACCCAGGACACCGUCAUUUUGACAUCGGCUGUGAAGCUUGGCAGAUACUGGCGGGAGCUCGCAGAGAAGCUAGCCCGACUCACGAAGCAGCAAAUAGAGGCUUAUGAGAUACCCCAUCAAGGGAAAAGUGGAGCAGUGGCUCUGGAGAUGAUGUGGAAACCUGCAUAUGACUUUCUCUACACAUGGGCUGCCCAUUAUGGAGACAGCUACAGGGAUGUCUUACAAGAUCUGCAAUCAGCCUUGGACAAAAUGAAAAAUCCAGUAACAAAACAGUGGCGAGAGUUAACUGGAGCGUUGAUUCUUGUGAACUGCAUGGAAGUUUUAAGGGCAAGUGCUUUCUCCAGAAUGGAGGAAUAAAACUAGACUAUCAAUAUAUAUUUUUGGAAAAUCUA